GGAAAAUCCAUAGCAGAAUCAUUCAAGUUUUGGGUAAUUUGUUCAGAGAAAAUGAGACAGAAAUAGUUGUAACGAGAUUUCUACCUGGUGAUGACCAAUGACAUCGAAUCCUCAAACAAAUGACACCCAAACACAAAGUAAACCCCAACAUGACUUGGUUUUAUAUGUUCACUCCUAUUAAUGGUCAACAUUCAUCCUCGUACCAAAGUCUUCAUAUGAUAAUUGAUUAAUUCAUCUUUGUUGGCUACAAAUAUCUAACUUCUAAGGGUAUUCAAGGAGAAAGCAGAAGUUAGACUUGGAAGGAAAAGCCAAUUGAUAUUGCAUCACAAUCACCCAUAUAUCAAAUACAUAAGCUUAAGGAUUCACAUUCACUUGUCGGAAUAAUGGACAUGCAACAUGUGAAAGAUCAAUACUUGAAACGACACGUGACUACAGGAUGUUACGACGUAGAUGUGUCAAAUCCCAAUUCAGUUUGGAAAAGUGAAACCGUCCUGUAUUUCUACCUUCCGACGUUUGCAGCCCAAGUUGGUUUUAUGUUGUUCUCAACUCGUUGCUUGUACUAUAUCCUCAGACCCUUAAACCAACCUCGUCUUGUUGCUGAGAUUUUGAUGGGGUUUCUGAUAAGUCCAGAACUAUUUGGAUCAUCAGCAUUAUCAGAGGUUCUCACGCCUAUAAAAUCAAUCCUAACUACUGAAACCAUAUCAUAUGUGGGACUCAUUUAUUCCGUCUUCCUGGCUGGCUUGGACAUGAACUUUGACACAAUCUUAGGAGCAAAAAAGAAGGCCACAAGCAUUGCCAUUGCUGGAAUUGCGAUUCCAAUGAUAUUGGGGAGUUUCAUAUACGCUUUAGCUCAAACUAUGUACAAGGGACAUCCGGAGUAUUUGGCAGAAUUCAACACAAUCAAGGCCUAUAUAUUUUGGACCUUAAUUUAUAGUGUCACAGGUUUUCCUAUGGUUAGUCACAUCCUUGCAGAUCUCAAGCUUCUCUAUACAGGACUUGGCAGAGUGGCCUUAACAACAGCCAUGAUCAGUGACUUCUAUAAUUGGGUCAUGUUUGCAUUGUUGGUUCCAUUUGCCAUUAACGGUGAAACUGCCAUCUACUCGGUGCUGUGCACCAUAGGUUUUGUCCUAUUCUGCUUCAUUGUUAUCAGACCUCAUUUGGUGGAGUUAAUAGUGCGCAAAACCAAUAAAAAUGAGUGGGACAAUUAUGGUUUGCUAUUUGUAGUCAUGGGGGCCUAUGCUUGUGCACUUGUUACAGAUCUCCUAGGGACACACCCUGUUGUUGGGGCUCUAGUGUAUGGAAUAAUGAUACCUCGUGGUAAGUUUACUCACAUGCUGAUAGAGAAGUCUGAGGAUUUUGGUGUUGUUUAUCUGGCACCAUUGUUCUUUGGUAGCAGUGGCAUAAGACUCAGAGCAAUAUAUGUUUUAAAAACUCAAGGUUUGGGCCUGGUGCUUCUAAUUUUGAUCCUGUCAUGCAUCCCAAAGAUUAUAAGCACUGUAGUAGUCACUCGCUUUUAUGGCAUGUCUGUUCUUGAUGGUGUGGCUAUUGGACUCCUUAUGAACACCAAGGGCAUCUUACCAAUAUUAAUGCUCAACAGUGCCUGGGACAAGCAGAUUUUGAGUGUGGAAUCCUUCUCGAUUUUGACCGUGGCUGUUCUCAUAAUGACCAUGAUGGUGCCUCUAAUCAUCAAUGCCAUAUACAAGCCAAGAAAGCUAUACAGGCAAAAUAAACUAAAGACUAUACAGAAUUUAAAGGCCGAAUCAGAGUUGAGAAUUCUAGCUUGUGUCCAUAACCCUCGCCAAGCCUCAGGAAUGAUCAACAUCCUUGAACCAUACCACACCACAAAACUUUCCCCUUUACACGUGUUUGCACUUCAGCUUGUAGAACUAACAGGGAACACCACAUCCCUUUUGGCAACACACAUCAACCAGCACAACCAACAACAAAGCGGUUCACAAGCACUCACCAAAGCACAAGAAGAUUUGGAAAGCAUCGUCAACAUUUUCCAAGCAUUCACAGGUACAAAAGAGAACACAACAGUUGAAACCUUUGCAGCUGCAUCUACCUACUCAACUAUUCAUGAGGACAUAUACAAUGUGUCACAAGAGAAGCAAGCAAACCUCAUGCUACUUCCCUUCCACAAGCAUUCAAACAUAGAGGGCAUUCUAGAGUUAACCAACAAUACAUUCCAAGACGUGAACCGAAAUGUGAUGAGGGAUGCACCUUGUUCUGUUGGAAUCUUUGUUGACCGUGGACUAGGGUCAUUGUUCAAAGUCAACUUACGUGUGCUAAUGAUUUUCAUUGGUGGACCUGAUGACCGUGAAGCCUUGGCUGUUGCAUGGAGGAUGUCAAAGCACCAAGGGGUUCAACUUUCUGUUGCGAGGAUCCUCAUGCUUGGAGAGGCUGCAGAAGUUGAUAUGUUGAACAAUGUUGAGUCUCGUAACCGUGGACUAUUAUCUGUGGUGCUAGACAAUGAGAAGCAGAAGGAGUUGGAUGAUGAGUAUGUGAGUGCAUUUAGACUCAAGGCAGUGAGCAAUGAGGAUUCUAUAAAGUAUUCAGAAAAAGAGGUUCAUUGUAGUGAUGAUAUUCCUCGUGUGCUUAAUGAGUUUGACCAAAAUGGUUAUGAUUUGUACAUUUUAGGACAAGGGGCAGGUAGGAACUCUUUGAUCAUGACAGAGUUGAUGCACUGGACUGAUUGUCCGGAACUUGGUGUUAUAGGGGACAUGGUGGCAUCAAAUAAUUUUGGUUCGUGUUCUUCACUGCUUGUUGUACAGCAAUAUGGUUUUGGUGGAAUGGUAUUUGAGAAUAAUAAUGCCUCACACCGUUCUAGAGAAGUGAAUCCAAACCAUGAUGAAUCUGAGUCUCAUGCUGUUUAGGAAGAAUAGAUGGCUGUUUAUUGGACAAACCAUAUGCCACCCAAAGAAGAGAAAAACUGUGCGUAGUUUUGUCAGAGGCUGGGAAUUGUUUGUUCGAGUAGGUGGAAAAUUAGGUGGAUUGUUGGAGAACGAAAAUAGAAUGAAUUUUCACACCAUUCUUUCUACAUGUCAACUCUUUUAUUUUUAUUUUUAUGAGAUGUUAGGAAUGAUGCCAACAAUAACAAAAUGAGAUGUUAUUCAUUCUAUGACA